AGCCCAGUGCCAGUUGAUUCGCACAGCUGAAACACGGCGGUCAGACGUUGAAAAGUGCUUUACAAUACUAUUGGGCGCACCGCUGUAUCCGACGGAUACGUAUCUGAAACUGGCUGCUGGCCAUUGCCAAAUACGUAACCCCGCUGAUGCAUUCCGCUCGCCCUCGUUGAUUUCGACAGUCAAUUUCCAGUCGCAUCUUCGGUUCGAUCCACAGUAAACAUGGGUCUGGCUGCCACUACAGUGAAGCAUCUGCUUCUCUUGCUCAACUUUGUAUUUUCCGUGCUCGGACUGGCGCUGAUCGCCUACGGAAUUUUCUUUUUGAUCUCCGCCGCCGAGAAUGCAGUCAGCAUUGGUGAGAAUGUGGCCGGUGGCCUCAUCGUUGGCCUGGGCGUUGUCAUCCUGAUCAUAGCGAUCUUCGGCUUCCUGGCAGCCAUCCAAGAGGCUCCUCUCAGGCUCCUGAUCUAUGUGGGUGCCGUGGUCCUGCUGAUCCUGUCCCAGCUGCUGUUCCUGAGCAUGGCCUCCCACGGCACCAAGGACGGCAUCUCGGGCAGCAUCAACGAGGGGUUCGAGCGCCUCUGGGAGUCGGAACGCAACGAGUCCGGUGCCCUGGGCUACUACGAGAAGUGGCUUCACUGCUGCGGAGUCAACAGCUACGAGGACUACUGGAUCAUCCACCACGCCAUUCCGUCCAGCUGCUGCGAGGAGAACCAGUGCCAGGACACGCAGAGCAGGGUUUUCAAGGCCGGCUGCAAGGCCGAAUUCGUGAAGUAUCUGGACGAUAAGUUACUGGUGUUCAAAAUCGUCUGCUGGCUGCUUGUCAUCGGCGAGGCGGUGGGCGCUGUUUUCGGUUGGAUGCUCUACAGCAGCGUUAAGAACCAGAGUCGACGCAAUAAUGCCGUCUGGAUGUGAAGCUUUAACUAAGUCAUCUAAGUAUUAAAUAUUAACACAUAAAAAACAUUUCUCUAAUCCAUUGUUUAGUUUCUGAAAUUGUUAACAACAAGAAAGUUGGUAAUCAUGUAACCUGCAACCAAAACUUAAAAAUUUAAAGUACAAUAUUAAAGAAUUUUGUAUUUUGA